UUGGAAUAUUUUUGAGAAAAAAAAGGUGAAGGCCUUCAGAUCCUCCCUCUGCUCGUCUCCCAAAACCCACUGAUGAUAGAGAGCUUCCAUCUCUCGUUUUGAUCCGAAUAAUGCAUUCGGUGACGAUUCCUUCUCAUCCUCCUACUAUAAGCAGCCUUGGAUUGCAUUCCCUCGAAUUCUCAAAAUCAAGAAGAAUCGCCAUGAAUGGAGGAGCUUUGUGUGCGAAGUCUUGCUUGAGUGUGGGGAAUGAAGGUCCCCAAACAAAGCGGGAUGCUGUGAUAAUCGUGGACCAUGGAUCCCGCCGCCAAGAAUCUAAUCUCAUGCUAAAUGAGUUUGUUUCGAUGUUCAAAGCAAGAACCAGUUAUGAGAUCGUUGAGCCAGCUCAUAUGGAAUUGGCUGAACCAUCAAUUAGAGAUGCAUUUAAGUUAUGUGUUCAACAAGGAGCAAAGCGGAUUAUCAUUAGUCCUUUUUUUCUCUUCCCUGGCCGGCAUUGGAACCAGGAUAUCCCUGCUCUAGCUGCUGAAGCAGCGGAGGAUCACUCAGGCAUCUCCUAUAUUGUCACAGCACCACUUGGUCUACACGAAAGUUUGGUGUUAUCUAUAUUCACCUCUCUCAUUUCCUAUGCACUCAGCUAUCUAGUUUUGAAAGGAUGUGGUGAAUGAUCGAAUAAAUUAUUGCCUAAAGCAUGUGGAUGGUGAUGCUACCGAGUGUUCUGUAUGCGCUGGAACAGGCAAGUGCCGUCUAUACCAAUGAGAGAGUCUCAUUCUCAGGCAAGAUAUUGUAAAAUUGCAAAGCACAUGGAGAGACCAUGAAGUUAGCACAGGAUUACUGGAGGACAUAUAUAUGAAAUCUACAUUUGAAGUGCUGUAAAUGUUCCCUGUUGUUCUUAAUGAAGGCAAAGUUGAAAUCGUUAUUGAUGUUGAAAUCA